AUUUGGCAAGUACGGCAGCUCGUGGCGGGAAAUUCGCUCAGAAGUUGGAUACUUUGUGGAAAUCGUAAGAAAGGAAACCGAAAGCAAACGAUAUUAGUGUAACCAUGUGGAACGAACAACAGAAUAGAGCUUUCGAAAGCAAGAAAGAUAUCGGUAAAACGUUAUUGCUGGGGACGGAACCGUUUGCAGAUUCAGAUCUGACCGAGUCCGAGUGUUGUAUCUGUAUGGGGGAUAUUAGUGAAAAGAAGACCCUUGAAACAUGUGGGCACUGUUUCUGUCGGGAGUGUAUCUGCCGUGCCUUUGAGUGCAAGCCUGUGUGCCCUGUAUGUGGAACAGUGUAUGGCUCAUUGGUCGGCAAUAUGCCUAUCAAUGGCAUUAUGAGCACAGUUAAAAAGCCAAGCUGGCACCUUCAAGGGUAUGAGGCAUACGGUACCAUCCUCAUCACCUACAGUUUUCCUGGUGGCAUCCAAGGGAAAGAGCAUCCAAAUCCAGGAAUGUCCUAUUCUGGAACUUACCGUGAAGCUUUCCUGCCUGAUUCACCAGAGGGAAAUAGAGUUGCAGGGCUGCUGCGAAGGGCCUUUGACCAGAGGCUGACUUUUACAAUAGGCACAUCAGUGACAACUGGAAGGUCCAAUGUCAUCACAUGGAACGACAUACAUCAUAAAACCAGUAGAUGUGGAGGCCCUGAGUGCUUUGGAUAUCCUGAUCCAACAUAUCUGACACGAGUCCAGGAAGAACUGAAGGCAAAGGGAAUCUCAGUUUAAGAUAAUGCAGAAUCAUGGUGGACAUAGAGAACACCUAAGUGCUGACAGUUACUGUGAUUUUACAACACUGGGUACUGAGAAGAUUCCUGAAGUGGCCACAGCAAGGUGGUCUUGAGUCACUGUCAGUAUGAAAUUAAAAUAUAGGUAACAUUAAAACAAGAGGAGGACCGGAAUACUAGUAUUUGCACACUUGAAUUAUAUUUUUUGUUAAUAAAUGUUUACUUUGAAGGCAAAAGGUUAACAAGA